UCUGCUGGCUGAGUUUCUGCGUUAGACUGAUCAGCGCUUGCUCGCUCUCACUCCUUCUCUGAGUGACUCUUCUUUCCCUGCAACCAUUAUGUCCCGGAUCCUCAAAUCGGUGGAUUACGAGGUAUUUGGCCGGGUUCAAGGGGUUUGUUUCAGAAUGUACACAGAGGAAAAAGCUAGGAAAGUGGGUAUAGUCGGCUGGGUUAAAAAUACCAGACAAGGAACGGUUAAAGGACAAGUGCAGGGUCCAGAAGAGAAAGUGAAUGAGAUGCUUUCACAUGAGUCUGGAAAAAUGAAGCAGUUUGAAGUCAAUUCAAUGACUUUUGACCGAAUAAAGACCAAACAAAAUGAGUUUGUGCUUAAUGGAGUUGGAGUAGCACUGAAGCCACCGAUUGUGAAAGCUUGGCUGACCAGCGUUGGAAGUCCUAGUUCACGCAUUGACCGGACAAAUUUUUCUAAUGAAAAGGAAAUCUCAAAACUUGAAUUCUCUGGAUUCAUCACCAGAUACUAAAAAACCAAAUCAUAGAAUUACCUUAUUUCUCCAAUUGCAUCAAAAUUUCUGUGUCUCCCUAAAGCAAAUUAGGAAAAUGCGACAAUGAUCAUAUUUACAUUCUGGCCAAAUGUUUAUAUGGUGUAUUAAGGCAAAGAAAAGUAUCACUUGGUUAAACUUCUUUUUCUUUACAAAUACUUUAUAAACCCCUGGUUAAGGCCACCUCUACCAAUUUGGGUAUUAUUAGACAUGCUGUUUUGCUAUCAUGUGCAUGUUUACUUGGAAGUGACUCCUUCUGAAUCCAACAGGUAAUUAUACUGUAUAUAUGCCUGCAUCUUUAAGGAUCUGUCCCAAAUAUAAGGGUGGAAUGAUCUACAUUUUAAAACUAAUAUAUAUGACUGCAUUCGAUGAAAUAAUUUAUUAAAUCUUAAAUAUUUAAUUCUAGACAUUCUAAACCAAAAUGUUUUAUAACAAAUUAAAACAAUUUUUAAAACCUUA